AUUUCAGUUGGUAUACUUUUGACAUUGUGAAUUGGUAUAUUUGCAAAUCAAGCUUGCGGUCACACUGUCUGGGACAUACUAACUUCAUUUAAAAUAAAUUUUAAUCAAGAUGACUCUGGAACUGGUGUCCACCACAAAAUCCUUCGAAGGCGAGCAGCGUGUCUACAAGCAUCGUUCCAAUGUCUUGGACUGCGACAUGACCUUUGCCGUCUAUUUGCCACCGGCAGCCGUCGAAGAUAAAGUCGAAUGUCCGGUGCUCUACUUCCUCAGCGGUCUUACAUGCACCCACGAGAAUUUCAUACAGAAAAGCGGCUUCCAAGCGACUGCAGCGAAACACGGUCUCAUCGUUGUGAAUCCCGAUACGUCGCCGCGUGGCAUCGAUAUCCCUGGGCAGGACGAUGCCUAUGAUUUUGGCAGUGGUGCCGGCUUUUAUGUGGAUGCAACUGAAGCACCCUGGUCGAAGCACUACAAAAUGUACAGCUACGUUACGCAAGAAUUGCCGGCAAUAAUCAAAGCCAAUUUCCUAACUUUGGCUGGCAAACAAGGAAUUUUUGGUCAUAGCAUGGGCGGACAUGGUGCCUUAAUUUGUGCUUUGAAGAAUCCGGGUCUAUAUCAAUCUGUCUCGGCAUUUGCCCCCAUCGCAAAUCCCUCAGAAUGUCCAUGGGGUCAGAAGGCUUUCAACGGUUACCUAGGCGCCAACACCACGGACUGGGAACAAUGGGAUGCAACCAGUUUGGUGUCAAAAUAUGCGAGUACUCCACAAGAGCUAUUUAUCGAUCAGGGAUCGGCGGACAACUUUCUAACCGGCAAGCAACUACAGCCUGAGAAACUAUUAGCUGCAGCUGCUCCUAAUGAUCACAUUCAGACCAUCUUUAAGCAACGUGAUGGCUACGAUCAUAGCUACUUCUAUAUAGCUACAUUUGUGGCCGAACAUAUUGCUUAUCACGCCAAGCUCUUGAAGGCUUAAAUUAAAACUUUAAAUAUUGAUUUGUUUCUGCUAUAUCAUUAAUAUGCGCGAAUAAAAUUUGCACAUUGUCAAUUCGA